GUCCUGAUUAUAUCCUCUUCUGCCGCGACGUAUAUAAGUCAGCUGCUUUCAUAAACCUCCAGCGGACUUGAGGGCUGCAAACAUGUCUCGUACAGGAUUUUUAACAUAUCUGUGCUUGUUUACGGCCUGUUGCUGGAGCAGUGAAGCUAUGCCACGUAAAGUCAGCCAGGAGGCGGUGAACGACAGGCCUGUGAUCGGUGUUUUAACCCAGUUAGUUUCAGAUGAUGUCAUGAAACCAUUCGGCAAGACUUACAUUCCUGCCUCCUAUGUGAAAUACCUGGAGUCUGGGGGCAGCAGGGUGAUGCCUAUCAGACUGACUCUCACUACCGCUGACUAUGAAAACAUCUUCAAGAAGAUAAAUGGGCUGCUCUUCAUCGGGGGAGCUGUGGAUCUGGAGACUUCUGACUUUGCAAGGGUGGCGAAGGUUUUCUACCGACUCGCUGUGGAGGCUAAUGAUGCCGGGGAUUCCUUCCCCAUCUGGGGCACGUGUAUGGGCAUGCAGCUGCUCACCGUGCUGGUGGCCGAGAAGAACCUGCUGACGCGCACCACGGCUGAGAAUGUAGCUUUGCCCCUCAACUUGACCACAGAAGCCCACUCCAGCAGGAUGUUCACAGGUUUCCCCGACGAGCUCAUGAAGGCUUUGACCCAAGAACCUCUGACUGGAAAUUUUCACCACUACGGCGUCACGGUGCAGAACUUCCAGGAAAACACCAAGCUGCACAGUUUCUUCUCCCUCUUGUCCACCAACGUCGCUGAGAGCGGAGCCCACUUUGUCUCCACCAUAGAAGGGAGGAGAUACCCGUUCUACGGCGUGCAGUGGCACCCGGAGGUGAACCGGUUUCAGUGGGACAGAGAGCUGAACUUUCCUCACUCUGCUCACGCCGUUCAGUUAUCGUCGCUGCUCGCUCAGUUUUUUGUCAACGAAGGAAGGAGAAGUUUACAUCGGUUCGACAAUCCGGAGGAAGAGGCCUCGUCGCUGAUUUACAGCUACACGCCCGUCUACGCUGGGAACUUCACAGGAUAUGAGCAGAUUUAUUUCUUCUGAGAUCCUCCAGCUGCUGACUUUGUGUUUCUGUGAAUGUCCAACAAAAAAAAACAAAAAAAACUUAACACACAGUCCAGAGUGAACUCUGAACGUCUCGAUCGCAGAUAUUCCUCUAAACAAAAUGUCAAUGUUAGCCGUGUGUUGAUUCAGAGAGCACUUCUAUUGCAAAUUCACUCGCAUUUAAGGCUUUAGCAAUUUAAAAAUAAUCACUUUUAUACUUGAAUGUAGAUUUUUUGAUAUUAAACUGCUUAUUUGCGGCCAUUUUGGAAUUGGAUAUGUUUGGAAUAGAACGUCUGCAUUGGUUUUAGGAAAACUAAGGUCAUGGUGAAAUCUUCAUCGGCUGAUUUCUCUUUUUUUUCAUCUAGUUUUUUAUAAGCUGGACUUUAAUUAAUUAAGUGAAGAAAUGAAGGAUUUGACAAAAUAGCCUCCCCUCAAAUAAACGAUGGAGUUUAUCCAGUCACUAUGAGAGUGUAGAUGAUACAUUUUCCUUUUCUCUCAACAAUUUAAGCACAUUUUUUAACUUCACAGCCUUAAUGUUAGAGGGCGAACGUUUAUUUUUGACCAUGCAGACAGCACUUGACCAAACAACCUCACUAUAAUGUGCAUUCAGUAUUUACAGGGUUGAGGUUGACCCCUUUGGUGUCAAAUAAAGGAUUUAUAAUUCGU